GCUUGUUUCAUCAACAACAAUUAGUGACUAAUAUGAUGUUACACAUUCUUUGUUAGAUUAGGUGCAUGUUUGGCCAAACUUAAACAAUUUACUUAGAAGUAAAUAAUUGAGAUCUAGGUUAAAUAUUUAGUCAAAGUUGGAAAUAAAUAAAUUACUUAUUUUGUAGUGAGAGAGUUACUUUAAAAAUGAGAAAUACAUACUGGAAAAUAGCAAAAGUAACGUAGCCAAAAGUUACAUUAAGAAAGAUGCACCAUUCUAUGUGGCGGUGGUCUUCCUGUCUACAAUUGGUUAUCAAUUGUUAUUUUUCUCUUAAACGAAUUGUGGACAGUGACUUUAUUAUCACAUAGACUGGUGUUAAAUAACAUGAUUUUUCACUCACAUAGAUUGGUGCUAGAUAGCAUGAUUCAUAUGUUUACUUUUAACCUUAUUAGUUAAAUGUGCUCAAAGUUGAGUUUCUGAUCAUAUUGGUACUAUCUUUUGUUCCAUGUUCAGAUUGGUAACGACUCUUAUAAGUUUUUGACGGCAUUCUAAUUUACUAUUCAAUACAUGGAAAGUGACGUGAAUCACUAAGUGUCUGGUUUCACUUUUGUAAAUUUCUGAGGAGUAUUUACAUGUUGGCAGUUCAUUAGUUUCUUAAAUUAGUAAUGCAGUUGUCCUUAUUGUUACAAAUUUUGUAUCUCUAUAUAGUGUACAUUCUUAAAACAGAAGUUUUGGUUGUUUUUAUUAUAUAUAGUAAGAACAAUAAUGAAAAGUAUUCAUUUGGACAUAGUAACAUGGAAAAUGACAUUGUAGUAUCUACAUCUGGUCUAUCUGGUGAUUGAAGAGUUGAGGUUUUAUAUUUGCCAUGGUCUUUCUGAGAUGUCAGGUUGAAAAAAAAAACUGGAUACGGAUAACAAAACAAGUUUGACAUAAAUUUUUUUUUAGUCAUCCUUGCUGAUUAUCUAUCAUCACUGGGCGCAGCUGUUUGGUUUGGAUUUGUUAGUUGAUUGAUCGACUUCUAAGAUUUAUUUAGCUGGUUGUUCAGGAUGAUAGUUGAUAAAAUUAUUAAUAUUUACAAAGUCCAAAAUAUUUGAUUGCUUUUCAAUUUUUAUAACUGAUUAAUUCAAUAGUCUUAAUUUACAAAAUCCAAACCAAAUGUGACCUCAAAUAUGUGGGAAAAGGAGAAUAGGAGAGAACAGGGAUUGAUGUGCUUUCAAUGUUUAUUAACCAAGGGAUACAUAUCCCAUUCGCUGUAGAAACUCGAAUUAAAAAUUGUUCAACUGAAAGAAUCUGCACAAGUGUCCGUGCAUUCAUCUUCUACAGUUUUGCGAGUUGUUUAUCUUCUCAUUUUUGCUUUUCUUUUACCCUACGGACUUUUGUUUACCUUUCGUUGUAUUGUUUCAGGUAUGCAAUAACAAAAGCUUUUUGCGUUGCCUUUUUAAUGACCUUUUUUUCUGUAUUCGACGUCCCUGUAUUCUGGCCCAUCUUAUUCUUUUACUGGGUUUUUCUCUUUAUCCUCACAAUGAAACGUCAAAUUACACACAUGAUCAAGUACAGAUACGUUCCAUUCAACAUUGGCAAGCAGAGCUAUGCUGGGAAAAAGUCUGCUGAAGGUGCAAAGGUUCAUAGAAUAGACUGAGGUUGGAAGUACAUGUUAACACGUUCGACUGGAAUGAUCUUGACUUUGUAUUAUGUUCGUUUAGAACUCAAAACUCUUCUGGAUUAUUGAUCUCAAACAUACGUUCAAAGUGUGCAAAUACACAACUUGUUUAAACUUAGAAAUGAACGUGAUAUACAUCUCUUGUUAUUGUGAACGUGGAAGCGCAUGUGAUUAACUUUUGGAAAUGUUCGAUUUAGCAUCUCACAUAUUGAGACCAUUUUGUCAUCUUAUGCCACUAUUAAUCAGAUCAAUGUAAUUAGGCUCUA